GGUCCCGUGAAUGAUGAUGGUCGGUGCGGCGCUGUGACAUGCGCAGUGCGCGGAUGCUGUUCGGUGGAUGUGUGUGUCCGUUCGCUGAUUUCAUCUCACACACGCGCUCCUCUCCUCCAUCCUUCAGGAUCUUCCUCCGGAGCGGCGGCGGGGUUUUACGAGCAGUAAUGCAUUCAGAGAUCCCAGCUUUUGGACUCCAAAAACUGUCAAAGCCAAUGAGACGCCAGUGAAACUUACAAAGCCAGAAACCCCACAAUCAUCGAGUGUAGAUACAGAAUGGUAGAUCUGCCUUCUUGACGUGUCAUGAUGCACAAAUAUCCACGGUCUAUUGAUGUACCUACAUAGACACAACCGCUUCUGGACGCCCCACUUGAAGAGUUCUACUUUAACCGGCAGACCCAACAUGACCGGCGUCCAUCGGUUGUGACUGGAGUUUGGUGGCAGCAUGCGUCCAUGGGCGGGCUCCUGGCGCUGGAUAGCGCUUGUCUUGCUGGCCUGGGGGACGUUGCUCUUUUAUAUCGGGGGACAUCUGGUGAGAGACAACGAAGAUGUGCCACGCUCCAGCCGUGAGCUAGCAAAGAUCCUCACCAAGCUGGAGCGACUGAAACAGCAGAAUGAAGACCUGCGGCGCAUGGCUCAGUCACUACGGAUUCCGGAAGGACAGUCGGAUGGGCCAAUAUCAUCAGGAAGGCUGCGGUCUCUUGAGGAACAGCUGAGCCGAGCCAAACAGAAGAUCAACAGCUUUCAGAGAUUAUCUGGAGAUGUUGGUCCGGGUCGAGAACAGGAGGAACUGCGGAGGAAGGUGGAGAACGGAGUGAAAGAGCUGUGGUACUUUAUUCGCAGCGAGAUACAGAAGCUGAGUCACGUGGAGCCGUCAGACAGACAGAAACACACAGAGACGCUGCUGCAGGACCUCGGUCAUCAACAGAGAACCAUCAUGACGGACCUGCAGGAUCUCAGUCAGGCGGACGGAGCAGGAGACUGGAGAGAGAAGGAGGCCAGAGAUCUUUCCAGCCUGGUGCAGAACAGGAUCUCCUUCCUGCAGAACCCGCAGGACUGCAGUAAAGCUCGUAAGCUGGUGUGUAACAUCAAUAAAGGCUGUGGAUACGGCUGUCAGCUCCAUCACGUGGUUUACUGCUUCAUGAUCGCUUACGGCACGCAGAGAGUCCUGAUCCUCGAGUCCCACAACUGGCGUUACGCUCCUAAAGGCUGGGAGACAGUCUUCCGGCCUGUGAGCGACACCUGCACGGAUCGAUCCGGAGCCUCGAGCGGACACUGGUCAGGUGAGGCUCACGACCGGGAUGUUCAGGUGGUGGAGCUGCCCAUCGUGGACAGUCUUCACCCCAGACCUCCGUACCUCCCGCUCGCUAUCCCAGAAGACCUUGCGCCCCGACUGCAGCGUCUCCAUGGUGACCCAUCCGUCUGGUGGGUGUCUCAGUUCGUCAAGUACCUGGUCCGUCCUCAGGCCUGGCUGGAGAAGGAGAUCCAGGAGACCUGUGUCAAACUGGGCUUUAAACACCCCAUCAUUGGUGUCCACGUCAGACGGACAGAUAAAGUUGGGACGGAGGCCGCGUUUCACCCCAUAGAGGAGUACAUGGUCCAUGUGGAGGAACAAUUCCAGUACAUGGCUCAACGCAGCCACGUGGAUAAAAAACAAGUGUACUUGGCCACCGACGACCCGUCGCUGUUACAGGAGGCAAAAAUCAAGUAUCCAGACUAUGAGUUCAUCAGUGAUAACUCCAUCUCUUGGUCAGCGAGUUUACAUAACCGAUACACAGAGAAUUCACUCAGAGGCGUCAUCCUGGACAUCCACUUCCUGUCCCAGACUGACUUCCUGGUUUGCACCUUCUCCUCACAGGUGUGUCGUGUGGCAUAUGAAAUCAUGCAGACUCUUCAUCCGGACGCCUCGGCUUUCUUCCGCUCUUUGGAUGACAUCUACUAUUUCGGUGGACAGAACGCACACAACCAAAUCGCCAUCUACCCGCACCAGGCGCGCACUGCAGAGGACAUCCCACUGGAGCCUGGAGACGUCAUCGGAGUGGCUGGAAACCACUGGGAUGGCUACUCGAAAGGGGUCAACCGCAAACUGGGACGCACUGGCCUCUAUCCAUCCUAUAAAGUCAAGGAGAAGAUCGAGACGGUGAAGUAUCCCACUUACCCCGAAGCAGACAAGCUGCUGAGCUUAUAGAACAACACAUUAAUAAUUAACGCAUGGACGGCUGAACUUGCCAUGCACUGGAUAACAGACACUCAAAGAGAUGUAUGCGUGUGUGUAUUUAUAGGAUGGACGCACCUUUUUGGUUUGCAAAAGGAUCUCAUAAACUGCUGUGGUCAUCAAGAGCCUUUUAAACAGCACUCCGAUCAGCAGAAACUAAUGAUACAUUUAAAAAAAAAAAAUGUUUUAAUGUGGUUUUUUUUUAUAUUCUCUUGCCUUUUUUUGUGACUUUCUCUGUCCUCAAACUGGAGUGAAACUCAUAGAGAACACAUUUCACCAACAAAAUCAACAGAAAAAGUAAGCCGUUAUAUUUUGUAUUAGGAAGCGAAGCCUAUUUUGAAUAUUUUCCAUUGACAUUUAUUUUCAUGAAGUACAAAAAAGGUCUGGACUCUAAAAUAAUAUUUAUUAAUUUAAAGCAGGGGAUGAAAUCUAAUACAAACGUUUCAGCUUUUUUCAUAAAAAUAAAAAAUGAUUCUGUAAUUUAUUUAUUAAUAAUUUUUUUAUUAUUGCAUUUUGUUAGAGCUAUAAUAUAUGAUUAUAUUAAGAAAAAUAUUAUUUCAAAUCUUAAUUUUUUUCUUUUACUUAAAGGGAUCAUAU